AUGGAGGAGGACGAGGAACUAUUCGAUGAAUCCUUAAGUGAGCGAAUUAACCACUCUUCGUCUCAGAGAUCCUUUUCUACUACUGUGUUCAACAUUCUGUGCGGAUUUAAAAACGUCUUGUGUUCCGGCAUGUUUGUUAAAGGAUCGGCGUUUGUGGUAGGUUUUUGGUAUCCCAGCAAAGGACUCCGCGCUAUAAUGGCCGUAAUUCCUUUACUUGUGGAUAUAUAUUACGUCUUUGUCUCUUUGUUUAAGGCUUUCAUCUGCAGGCAGCUGCAAACGCCCCUGAACACUUGGCUUUGUGGAAACACUUCCUCUACAAAUUCAUCACCUGCAAGUUUAGCAGAUAAUUUAGACAGAAUUGAACUGCUUGAGCUUCUGUCAUUGGUUUUAUCCUCUGCUGUACUGAUGUCAAACGCGACAUUCUUUUGGUGUAUGUGGAAAUUGCAACAAAGGACAGUUUAUUGCGUGACCCUGGAGAAGGCGUUCUCUACAGCAGGGCGUUCUAUUUGGGUUACACUUAAUGUCUCGAUGUUGAUCUUUGGCCUCUUUAUUGUUGUAGAGGUAUUUUGGUUCCAUUUCAAUUUCAAAGAAUCGUCCUAUGGUAUUUUUCUACAUUUUUUGAGCGAUUCACCAGAGUGGGCCCUCCUCACCAGCUCCUGGACGUUUGUGGUUAUUACCAACGCAAUGAAAGAUUGCGUGAUGCAGUGCCAAGCAGAAAUUAGACAAAACUCUAUUGACUGCAGCUUAGAUGACGUCAUUCGUAUUCAUAAACGUCUCUGCAAACAGAUGUCAAGCACAUCCGAGUCCUUAAAGGUCUGGUUUGUAACUCACUGGUUUACGUUAGCUGUUGUGGCUGUCAUUUACGUUUCAAGCACGCUGUCAUUUUUUGAGCAAGUCAAAGAUUGGUACCACUUGUACCAAUAUUUCCUUUUAAGUCUUAUAGCCAUUUAUGUAUUUGUAUACCCAAGCUACUGUGCUGCAUCUGUAACAACACAGUGUAAUCGAAUGCUUAGGGAACUUAACAUGACAACAGAUGAAGACUGGCCCACAGGACACCCAUUCUGCAACCGCUCCCAGCUGGCACUCUUCCUACAGUAUGCACAGUACACCAACUGUGGCUUUCAAGUCGGGGAGAUUGCUUUUGGUGCUAAUUUCGCUUGGUUUUCAACUCUAAUUGCAAUGUGUGGCUUGGGUGUGAAAGUCUUGUGA